GGUUAAACUAGUGACCGUGCUUACAUGUGACUCUCAGCCGAAUGCGCCUGUACUCGCGAUAGUUCCGGCAUCUUUUUAACUCGAAAGAAGUCCUUGUUCUGCAUCCAUUAUUCUCCAAAUAUGAAAAACUCUUAUUCAAUGGAAAACAAUAUAUCAAGAGGCUCUUACGUCACAAGGACGCCACGUUUUAUUACUUCCUUUACGUGCGUCAGAAAGCCGCCAGUGAACACGGUCGCUCGUUAAGCCGUUACACCGGUGUUCUCAUAUCAUGAGGCUGUCUCCUGACCUUGUUAGCUGCUGAGACAUUGGGGCCAGCGCUGACAGUAAGGACCCAUUUCUUCUUAUUAAAUAAGAAAUAAGACUCCACGAUGUCUGCACGGGUGACAGAGGAGGUGAUAAGGUGGGGCCUGCGUUUCUGCAGUCGCAGAUUUUUCUGGCAACAUCGCAGCUUCCUGACAACGCCAAUCAAGGACAGAUUCCUCCAUAAUGUCCCACUGGCACACGUUCUGGGUACAAGACAAACCCAGACUUGUGUUACCAGUAAUCUUUCCAGUUCAGUGAGGUUUUACACAAAGGAAAAGGCGCACAGUGAGGACCCUAAGGACAAGGAGCAUCUCUCGUCUCCCAUCCAAUCUGAUGAUCCUUCCUUGAAGCAGCCGCAGCGGACGUAUCCUUUCAUAGACACCCUUCAGCACUGCACCUCCCCUUCAGACGUGUUAGACCUCACCCAUCAGUACAAGCUCACUCCUCGACUGAUGAGCAACUGCCUCAGCCACAUGUGGUCCUGCACCAAGAAGAUGUCAGAGGAUCAGCGGCGCUACGAGCUGCAGCUGAUGUUUGAGCAUCCUGAGUUUGAGCAGCUGCUGCAGAAGGCCAUGAGGAGCGUGAGCCACUUCAGCAGUGAGGGUUUGGCUUAUUCUGUCUUAAGUAUGGUCAAGCUGGGAGUUCCUCAGCGCAGCAGAGUGGUCCAGACCUUCCUGCGAUCCUGCCAGGAGAGACUGAAUGACUUUGAUGAGAAAGCCCUGUCCAUCUUGGCCUCCUGUUUGGAAAGUAUGAAGGACAGCCCAAAUGUUUCUGCCCUGAAGGAUGGCAUGAGGUUGAUAGUCGAGGUCCGUCUUCCCGAGAUUCAGAGCGUGAUGCCUCUCCAAACCAUGAUGCGUGUUGUGGGGAAAGACGCCCCGCUGGGUCUGAAACGAAAACUAGAGGCCAAAGCUCUGUCCAUGAAGGAUCAGUUCAGCCUCCCAAACUCUCAGCACAUGAUCCACACGAUGGCAGCGAUGGGCUUCUACUCCAAACCUCUGCUGGAAGUCUGCACCAUGAAGAUCAGAGAAAACCUUGACAGCAUCCCCUUUUCCAGACUGUUUAAAGUCCUGAUGUCCUGCAGAGACCUGGGCUACAGAGACUCUGAUCUGUUCACGGACAUUUCACACUUCAUGUCCUCUGUGGUUUACAUGUGGACCAACAAACAGAUGAUCCUCUUCCUGUUCAUGUUUGAGUCCCUCGGUUUCUGUCCUGAAGCCAUGAUGGAGGCGUUUGCAGAGAAGGUGAUCAAAGAUCCAGACGCUCUGACGCUAAAGGACCUCCUCUGUGUCCUUAAGGUUUACUCGUCUUUAAACUUCGAUCUGCAGCAGCAGAGUCAGCCGUUCCUGAACAGCCUCACCAGCGUUCUGGAGUCCUAUCUUCCAAAGAUGUCGACGAUCGAGUUGUCAAAGGCGCUUUUUUCCCUGUGUCUGUUCGGUCACUUCCCCUCUGCACCGCUGGAGCUCUUCCUGCAGGACAGCUCUCUGGAGCAGCUUAAGACCGCACCUGCAAAGUUCCUGCAAAAACAGGACACAUUUCUCCGGAUGAUGGAUUUAUGCCUCCGUCUUGACCGUCCUUCACUCCGCCAGCCUCUGACUGACCUCUCAUCUGUCCUUGGAGAGUCCCGCCAAGAUCCCACCCCUAUUAACCCGCUGCUUUCACAGAGCCUGCGGGACAUGUUGGGGGAGCAGGCAGAUGGACUACUGCAGGAAGGGGUCAUAGUGGAGAACUUCUACUUCAUCGAUGCAGUUAUAACCAAAACUACUCUAAAUCAGACGUCUGUGGCUGCAGAGAGCGGUCCUGACAGAGAGGAGGGUUCUGCAGAGAGCCGUCCUGACAGAGAGGAGGGUUCUGCAGAGAGCCGUCCUGACAGAGAGGAGGGUUCUGCAGAGAGCCGUCCUGACAGAGAGGAGAGUUCUGCAGAGAGCCGUCCUGACAGAGAGGAGGGUUCUGCAGAGAGCCGUCCUGACAGAGAGGAGAGUUCUGCAGAGAGCCGUCCUGACAGAGAGGAGAGUUCUGCAGAGAGCCGUCCUGACAGAGAGGAGGGUUCUGCAGAGAGCCGUCCUGACAGAGAGGAGAGUUCUGCAGAGAGCGGUCCUGACAGUGAGCAGAGUUCUCCUGUAGAGAGCAGUCAAAGGAUUGCUGUUGUUUGCGCAUCACCCUCUGCUUUUUGCUUCGGCACGCGCCACCCUCGUGGUAACCUGGCUUUAAAGAUCCGCCAUCUGAGGAUUCUGGGAUACAACACCAUCCUGCUGGCAGAGAAGGAGCUGCAGUCUUUGUCUCAGGAAGAGAGGACCGAGUUUCUUAGGGAGCAGAUUUUUCCAGAACACCGGGGAUCAGAAAAACAACCAGAAACAGAGCAGCUGGGAUCUUAGGGGCAAAUGUCAGACUGUGAAAACAACAAACAGACUUUUCUGUCUUAUUUAAAGAUUUGUUGUCAAUAAGAGUGAUUAAAAAGGUUCUAUCAAGUCUUCAAAUAAACCUGUAACUUCA